AUGACCUUCUCGGACCCGAUAUGGUCAAAGCAGGAGACGCCGGUUUGGAUAAAGCUCAACAAAGCAGAGUAUCUCAAGGCUUGUGUCAAGGAAGGACUUCGCCUCUUCUUCGGAGCCCUGCGCGGGUCAGCCAGACGAAACCUCGUCGCCCCGAUCGUAUACAAAGACUGGGUUAUCCCCUCCGGUACACCAGUGGGCAUGUCUGCCUGGAUGUUGAACACCGAUCCUGAGGUCUAUCCUGAUCCUCUCGCCUUCCGCCCAGAGCGGUGGUUACCAGGGAAUCACAAGCCGGAAAUGGACAGGAAUUUUGCAAGCUUGGGUAGGGGUUCCAGGACAUGUUUGGGGAUUCAUCUGGUUUAUGUCUUCAUGAAACAUCUCCUGGUUGCAAUGUUCGGACCGGGGGAUCGGCCGGAACUGACGUUGUAUGAGACGGAGGAGUCGGAUGUUGCCACCACAGUCUCUGGGCUUUCGGGGUUGGCGAAGAGGGGGGCUAGGGGGUUGAGGGUGGUUGUGGAGUGGAUGAGUGCUUGUUAA